AUGGUACUACUCGCAAGCUCGCACGCGCGAGCGAGGAUCACGGCCAAGGCGAGAUGGCUAACCCUGUUCGCGCUGCUGCUUCCGCUGCCCGUCGAACAUACAUCUGCCGCCAACUGGCUCGCACCAGGCCACCGACCUUCCCGCGCGCGUGCCAUCACGCGCGGCGACGUGUACAUCGUGCGCCUGCGCCGCGCGCCCGUGGCGGUGCAGGUGAGCGCGCCGUCGACGGCGGCGAGCGUUAAGUUCUCCGGCGCGCUCAGCCCCGACUCCGUCUCGACCACGUCCGCCGCGCUCUUCUCCGCCUCCAUCAACUCCGCGUCCGCCGGCGGCGGCUCGCCCGUUGGCGGCGGUAGCGACUCGGGCAGUAGUGCCGCGAGUGCCGGGAGUGGUAGCAGCAACGGGGGUGUCGGGACCGGGGGGGCCGCGCGGAGGCUGCUGACGGAAGCCAGAUCGGUGGAGGAGAGUGUUUCCGCGCGGAUGGCGCGGGAUGGGGGAGACGUUGCGCGGGAGGGCGCGCGGAGAAACAGGCGGAAGCUGGCGGCGGCGGAUUGGGGCGCGGAGACGCGCAACGGGCGGCCGUGGUUCGACCGGUCGAGCGCGUUAAUCCAAUCGCUAGUAGACACGUUACAGGACGAGCAGAAUAAAGUUGCGCGACAGGCGGGACUCACUAACAUCACACGGGACAUCUUAUAUCGGUACUUUUACAUCUCCAACGGGUUCGCGGCGGUGCUGACGGCGGCGCAGGCGGAGAGUCUGCGCAGCGACGUGCGCGUGCUGCAGGUGCUGCGGAGCCGCGCGGUGCAGAAGCAGACGAGCGAGACGCCCGCGCUACUUAAUCUCCCCAAGACCUUCUGGAGCGCGAGUUAUACGGGCGAGGACGCCGUGAUUGGCGUCGUGGACACGGGUAUCUGGCCGGAAAACCCCUCCUUUAGCGAGGAGGGCUACAGCGGGUUCCCGCGGAGCUGGCACGCGCUGUCCACGGACUGUGCGCGCACGGCGGACUUCAAGGGGUGCUCGCGCAAGCUCGUGCAGGCGAGCUUCUUCCCCACGGCGUUUGAGAGCGAGUUCGGCGAGAUUGAUACUUCUUCCGAUUGGCGCUCGCCUCGUGAUGCUGACGGCCAUGGCUCCUGGGUCGCCGCUGCGGCAGCGGGCAAUCGCGACACGCCCAUGACAGUUGCGCGCGGCCAGACUGUCGGCGCGGGCAGCGGCACAGCACCACGGGCACGCAUCGCAGCAUACAAGGUCUUCUGGCGCAGCAGCGAAUCCCAAGGCCUCGUAGCCACCACCGCGGACAUCGAGCAGGCCAUGGAUCAAGCUGUAGCGGACGGCUGCGAUGUGAUCUUGCUUGCUCUGGGCGCGGUGGACGGUGGGCAGAGCUACUUUGAUGAUCUGCCGGUGCUGUAUGCAAGCAUGGCGGGAACGCUGGUGGUGGCCGCGGCUGGGAAUGGCGGGAAGGGCAGUGAGACGGCGCGGACUGUUGUGAACUUCUCGCCGUUUUACUUGACGGUCGGGGCGAGCACCAUCAACCGGCGGUUCUCAGCAAAGCUGAUGCUGUCCAACGGCACAGAGCUGGACGUUAACGGGCUGGGCACCAUCAACCGGCGGUUCUCAGCGAAGCUGAUGCUGUCCAACGGCACAGAACUGGACGUGAACGGGCUGGGAGCGGGCAGCAGCGCAAUCACCAACGUGCCCAUCAUCCACUCGCCCGACGCCAAGCUCGCUUCCGCUGCCGCUGCCCAGGCGGACGGGUGUGCACCAGGCACGCUAGACCCAGCACUGGUGACCGGCAAGCUGGUGGUGUGCGUGGCGGGGGGAGACGUUCCACUGACCGCAAAGGUGACCGAGGCCAAGGCGAAGGGUGCGGUGGGCGUGGUGCUGCACAGCUCGCCGCGCACCAACCAGCCGUACGCUCGCGACCUGCCCGUGGUGGGCGUCAGCGUGGGAGACUCCGAUUCCCUCCUCGCCUUCCUCCAAACGCCCAAUCCACCCUUAACCUCUCACCUCUCCAUUCCCCACUCUCCUGCGCCCUUCCCCUUCUUCCACCCUGCAUCCGCACCCGCCCCACCACCCAUUCCCCGUCCCCUUCUCCUUCUCCCGUGCAGUCCGCAUGCGUCCCUCUCGUCAGCAUUCACAACAGCCAGCGACCUGCCAGCGCCAGUCAUGUACGCAACCUCCUCCACAGGCCCUCUCUCUCAAGGCGCCACCACAGACGUAUUCAAGCCCGACCUCGUCGCUCCAGGCGCCUUCAUCUGGGCCGCAUCCCGAGGCACUACCCUCUCAGACACCACAGAGUUCAAGAUCGGGUCCGGGACGUCUGUGGCAGCAGCACACGUGGCGGGGGUGGCUGCGCUGCUCAUGCAGCGGAACCCGUCGCUCACCCCCGUGCAGGUCAUGUCGGUGCUGACCACGACUGCCAAUGCGAGCAUGGUGAGACAGGACCCGGUGAAGGCAGCUGCUCCCACGCCUAUGGAUAUGGGUGCAGGGCACCUAGAUGUUGACGAGAUGUUCAACCCGGGUCCUGGCCUGGUUUUCAGCGCCGAGGUGCCGCAUUUUCUGCGGUUUCUCACUGGGCAGGAUGCGGCGCUUGCUGGGAAGAUUCUCCAGGAUGGGCAGGAGGUGUCGCCGCUCGCCGCCCGGGAUCUCAACCGGGCGGCGAUUGCCGUGUCGAAUUUGCAAGGCGCGGUUACGGUAACGCGCGUGGUUACCAAUCUGGGCGCCACUGCAACGUAUAAAGCAAGUGUGGUGGAGCCGGCUGGUGUGGAUGUAGAGGUCACUCCUGCAAGCUUCACCAUUGAAACAGGUGCUGCCAAUGCUGUGAGAUUCUCGGUGAAACUGACCCCGCGUGCGGGAGCGGCAGCAGCGGGGAGUGGGUGGAGGUUUGGCAGCCUGACUUGGAGCGACAGUGCGGGCCACAGAGUGAAGUCGGUUAUUGCAGUGGAGGUUUAG